AUGUCUCUUUCACGGUCGACAAGAGAUGUCCUGCUGCUGUCGCGUCAAUUGACCCGGUCGAGCUUCAGGGCCCCCGGCCUCCCGCGAUCCUCUCGCACCGUCGCGACCUUCACCCCGCCGCACCAGGCGAGCGCCAUAUCCCGACUCCAGACCAAUGUCGAUCCUACCUCGGAGGAGUUCAAGGAGAAUGAGCGGCAGAUGGGCGAGGUCAUGCAGAAGAUGCAGGACCUGACAAGGAAGGUGCACCUCGGUGGUUCGGCUAAGGCAAGGGAAAAGCACAUUGCGAGGAAGAAGAUGCUGCCGCGCGAUCGAGUCACUGCGCUGAUUGAUCCGGGAACGACAUUCUUGGAGCUGUCCCCUCUGGCUGCACAUGAAUUGUACCCUGAGGCCGACGUACCCGCGGGCGGCAUCAUCACGGGUGUCGGUGUUGUUGAGGGCGUGACCUGUGUGAUUGUUGCCAACGACAGCACGGUGAAAGGCGGCACAUAUUACCCGAUUACCGUGAAGAAGCAUCUGAGGGCGCAGGCCGUCGCACAGGAGAACAAGCUUCCCUGUAUCUACAUGGUCGACAGCGGCGGUGCCAACCUCCCCCACCAAGCGGACGUCUUCCCGGACCGUGAUCACUUCGGACGCAUCUUCUACAACCAAGCAAGGAUGAGCUCGAUGGGAAUACCCCAGAUUUCGGUCGUCAUGGGUCCGUGCACCGCUGGCGGGGCUUAUGUCCCCGCGAUGAGCGACGAGAGCAUCAUUGUCGAGAACCAGGGUCACAUUUUCCUUGCGGGCCCGCCGUUGGUGAAGGCUGCCACGGGUGAGGUGAUCAGCCACGAGGAGCUGGGAGGCGGCAAGAUGCAUUCUUCGGUCUCCGGCGUGACCGAUUACCUCGCGGUUGACGAUGCCCAUGCAAUCACCCUUGCGCGCCGUAGCAUUAGCAACCUGAAUUGGCCGAAGAAGUCCCCCGCAACGAUGGCGCCGGUACAAGACUACGCUGAACCUCUUCACUCGCCCGAAGAGCUUUUGGGAAUUGCCAGCACAAACCUGAGGAAGCCCCUGCCCAUCAAGGAGGUCAUUGCUCGUAUUGUUGACGGCUCUGAGUUCUCCGAAUUCAAGCAAAACUUUGGAACCACCCUUGUCACCGGUUUUGCCCACAUCCAUGGUUACAAGGUUGGCAUCAUCGCCAACGACGGUAUCCUAUUUGCAGAGUCCUCCGUCAAGGGAGCCCACUUUAUCGAGCUGUGUGCUCAGCGAGGCAUUCCGCUAGUCUUCCUCCAGAACAUCUCUGGCUUCAUGGUUGGCUCCGCUGCGGAGCGUGGGGGUAUCGCCAAACACGGCGCCAAGCUGGUGACGGCCGUCGCUUGCGCCGAUGUACCAAAGUUUACCGUCGUUGUUGGUGGUAGCUACGGUGCGGGCAACUACGGCAUGUGCGGCAGGGCCUACAGCCCGCGCUUCCUCUGGAUGUGGCCCAACGCCCGUAUUGGUGUCAUGGGCGGUGAGCAACUGGCUGCUGUGAUGGAGACCGUUGGAAAGCAGGUCGAUCCUGAAUUGAAGGAGAGAAUAGAGCGGGAGAGCGAUGCUACCUACUCAUCUGCCAGGUUAUGGGACGACGGUAUUAUUCCCCCGCAGCACACUCGCAAGUACCUUGGGUUGGGUCUCAGGGCAGCCAUGUCAGGCCGUAAUGAAGUAAAGGCUGGUGAUACCAAGUUUGGCGUAUUCAGAAUGUAA